UUUUGUGUUGAAUAUACCAUGCUCUAAUAUCGACCAAUAGGAACAAAGCAAGAAAGAGCACCUUUUGGAGAAAGAUUGGCUACGGCAAGAUGUUAACAACGAAUGCAAAGAUAAUUAAAGGCGGCGGGACUGAGCCCGACCAAUUCGAGGUCAGCGUUUCUCAAGCUCUCCUUGAGUUGGAGAUGAAUAGUGACCUCAAAUCGCAGUUGAGAGAACUCUACAUCACUAAGGCAAAGGAGAUCGAAACAAACAACAAGAAGUCGAUCAUCAUAUAUGUGCCCAUGCCAAAGUUGAAGGCAUUCCAAAAAAUUCAGACAAGGCUAGUGCGCGAACUAGAGAAAAAGUUUUCUGGAAAACAUGUUAUGUUCAUUGGUGAACGUAAAAUUUUGCCAAAGCCAACAAGGAAAACGCGCACUAAGAACAAGCAGAAACGUCCUAGAAGUCGUACUUUGACAUCUGUUUAUGACGCAAUAUUGGAGGAUUUAGUGUACCCUGUUGAAAUAGUUGGCAAGCGCAUCAGAGUCAAACUUGAUGGCUCGCAGCUUAUUAAAGUUCAUCUUGACAAAAAUGAACAGACAAACAUUGAACACAAGGUUGAUACGUUUGCUUCAGUAUACAAACAACUGACUGGGCGGGAUGUCACAUUUGAAUUCCCUGAAUCUUAUGUAUGAUAAAUAUGGAAUAAAAGUUUGAACCACUAAUUGUA